AUGCCUGCCAUUAAUCCCAGCGCCCCAGCGCCCCGCAGCCCCGGAACCAAAUUCUCCAAGCCACCUCAGUGGCUAGACUACCGAUCACGUGUUAAUGCGUCAACGCCGCACGUUAACGGAUCGGUCUUUGGUGGCGAAGACUUUAUUAGGGUAUACAAUCAGCAGCUCAUCAUCAUGAAGCUCUCCCUAGCCGUUGUCGCAUCAAUCUGCGGCCUUACGACAGCUCAUUCCAACGCCGAUGGAUAUCUCUUCCGAUCGAAGUCGACUGCCCAGCAGGCUGGCCCGACACCUGAGCUCCAAAGGCAGCUAACGAGGUUGAUCCUACAGCAGCGACUCGGCGUUGACAAGCACUUUUCCUCCCUCCAAGAGCUCUCAUCUCUCCCCAACACCGAAGAUGCCAUCUCAUACAUCAAUGAAUUUGGACGACCGGAAGCUCCUCUGUUCGAAGCGAUCGAAGCGAGCCCCUCGCAGCUCCUCAUCAUUAUCGAAGGACUGGAAGAGGGUGACAUGAAUGACCUCAUCCCUAGUGUCAAAAAGUCCUUUGCCAUUAAGGAUGCGCCCAACUCCGCCGCUAUUAGGAACCUUGUCGAUGGAGAAUUUCGGACUGUUGGUGUCCGUGAGAGCUCAUGCGAGUUUGGAAGAGCCAUCAACCCUCUCGACGAAAACUGCUGGGCCGAACAGUCUUCGAUCAUUCGAUAUGAUGCCAAGAAGCAUACCGGCCUCGUCGAAGCCCUUCAGAAGGCGGCACCCAAGCUCCAGCGAUAUGCCGAGACUGGCGAAAUGGAGACAACCAUUCUCGCCUUCCCCGAAAUGAGCCGCAAGUCCAAGAUCAGCGCCUGGUCGUCUCAUCCCGUUGCACUCCGCCGUCGCCAAGUCGAAGCUGUCCUGUCCGCCGACCCCAUCCCCGUAUCUUCCGAAAACCCCCAGUCCCCGCCGUUUGCCGCUUCUAGGUCUGCCGGCAGUGGCAAGCACGAGGCUAUCCCAGCUUGCUUCCAGUCAUGGGCUGCCUGUGUCAACAAGACCGACACCUGCUCCGGCCACGGUUGCACUCCGUUCGCUCUCUUCGUUGGAUUCACCAUCAUCAUGGUUGCCAUCGUCGCCGGCGCCCUUAGCCUGCUCUACAGCAUUGGCGAGGAGCCACUUCCUGGUGUCCUCGGCGCUGGUGUGGUCAAGAGGUAG